AUGAUUUCUACUUGGUUCCAGGAUCUAAUUUUGAUAUCACAAGAUGGGAUUUGGUAGAACUAGCAAAUUGAUAGAUUAUUAAAAGGUAAAAGACUUCAAUCUUUAUUUUGUUUUUCUACAACUGCUAAUAUUUUUCUGCUCAAGAUGAUAAAUAAUUAAUACAUGUAUGGAAAUUAAAUAUAAAAUACAUUAUUGAACUUCAUUAAUAAUGAUAUUGUAUUAUUUACAAUAAAUUUGAUUUUAGUUUAAUUCAAACACAACUUAUUUGAAUGCAAAGCAAUUCACAAAUAUUUACCUUAAAUUUAGAGUAGGUAUUUAGAUCAAAACAACUAACAAUUUAACCUAACUUAAGUUCUGAACCAAGGUCAAUAUCUAUUACUUCGAAUAUUCUUGUACAGUUAUGUCUAACAAUGGUUAUUAAUUACAAAUAUUAUGAAAAAAUAUUUUAUGCUGCAAAAUAAAUCCAUUUGA